AUGAACGGUCUUCGACAUGCGGCGACAAGAGCGCCUUCUACAGUUCAGUCCGGACCAGUCGCGAGGCUUCCAUAUGGGCGAACGGCUGUCUACAGACGGUUACAGCAGCAGACCCAGAGAUCGAAUCUGCACUCUUUUGUAUCAAACCUCUCCAGAUCGACAAUCACUUCGUACACCACUCCUUUGCGAUCCAAGUUCCUCCCAGAUGAAAUCCAGAUAGCGAGACCAGUUUCUUCAUCCCGAGGUUUCCACCAGGGCUUGAGGCUAGGACAGCAGGAGAAAACCAAGGCCAAGACCGAAGAACCAAAGGAAAGUGCUGCAGAGGGGGAGAGUGCGAAAAAAGCCUCAGGUGAAAGUGGUGAAGAGAAAGCCAAGGACCAAAGCGAAGGCGCAAGUGAGGGUGAAGGGGAGGGCAAGAAGGAAGACAAGAAAGAGGAGGCCGCUCCACCACCACCACCACACGGUGACAAAUCACCAUGGCAAGUGUUCACCGAGACACUACAGAGCGAGUUCAAAGCUUCUAAGGAGUGGAAUGAAUCUACCAAGGCUUUGGCUGCUGGUGCCCAGCAAUUCACUGAGAACGAAUCUGUGAGGCGUGCCAGACAGGCAUACGAGUCGACUACGGGGGCAGUGACAUCUAGUACUGCCAAGGUUUUAAAGACGACGGCUGGCGUUGUGGGCAAGGGAGCUGCUUGGACUUGGGAAACACCUGUUGUUAAGGGCGUACGGUCUACGGUGAACGCCACUGCGAGCGUUAUCGAGAAGGGCACGCGACCAAUUCGAGAAACAGAGGCAUACAAGAAUGUCAAGAACGUUAUCGAUGAUGGUAGCAGUUCGCGAUAUGGUGGGUGGGUAGAGAAGGAGGAGCGACGAAAGGCUAGAGAAUUGCGAGAGCUGAAGGAGGCGCAAGCGAGCGGUCAUGGCAGACGUGCUGAGGUUCCAAAGGAAAAUCCAGAUGCCGGCACAAAUAUAACUGUUCACAAAGACGCUGCCUGGAAAGAAUCAUGGCGAGAAUUCCGCGACUCGAGCAAAAUGAUGCAAUCCCUCUUCUCCCUCAAAUCAGCCUACAAUGAAUCCGAAAACCCUCUCAUCUCGACCGCACGUAGCAUCUCAGACCGGAUCGCUGGAUUCUUUGCUGAAAACGAAACAGCGCUGGUGAUCAAGAAGUUUAGGGAAAUGGACCCCAGCUUCCAGAUGGAGCCUUUCAUCCAAGAAAUGCGAGAAUACAUCUUGCCUGAAGUUCUCGAUGCCUAUGUUAAAGGCGAUACCGAGACGUUACGCCUCUGGCUCUCGGCAGCUCAAUUCCAAGUCUACGAUGCGCUGUCGAAACAAUAUACAACAGCGGGCCUGAAAUCCGAUGGCAGAAUCCUUGAUAUUCGGAACGUCGAAAUUCUGUCCGCGAGGAUCCUUGACCCGGGGGAUAUCCCGGUCUUUAUCGUAACAUGCAGAACGCAAGAGGUGCACGUAUACCGCAAUGCGAAAACGAACCAGCUGGCUGCCGGUAUGGAAGAUAAAGUGCAGCUCGUAACCUACGCCAUCGGUGUUACGAGAGUAGCGGAGGACGUCAACAAUCCCGAGACGAGAGGAUGGAGACUCAUAGAAUUGCAGAAGAGUGGAAGGGAUUACAUUUGA